GCGUUUCUGAUUGUUUUGCGCAAGAAGUCUUGCACCGUCUUGCACAUUUGCCGUGUCCUGUGUGGCGUGUGUGGGAUCGUGGUGCGAUUACUCGAGCGAAUAUUGGGAAGUAAACUGUAAGAGCAAUUUACCGAAACAAAGCAGCGUGCAAUGCAACGUUUCACCGACGCUGCUGUCGACUGUCGCUCGCUUGCCUAGCUUGUUUUCGAGUUGUCGCUUGAAACAAGCUAGCAGACGCGAUUGCAAUGAAGAUUGAAGACGUUCUCAACUGCAAUUUCUCUUCCUGGUAUGGCGUUUUCAAAAACGCUACGAUUGCAAGUGUGUGCGUUCCUCUCACGAGCGAGUUCGUGAGGUAUCUUCUCUCUGACGGUGUGGUGCUUCCAGGAAAGGCCCCUACAUCACAAAAGUAUGACACAGAUUCCGAUGACGAGGUCGACUGGUCCGAAGCUGAUGCAGACUCCACAGAGAUCCCCAGCUUCCCAGAGUUGGAGGAGGCAGUGUCGACUGCCAUCAAGCGCCUCGGUGGUCGAGUGUUCCCCAAGUUGAAUUGGAGCAGUCCGAAAGACGCCACGUGGAUCGCCACAAACAACAGCCCCCUGUGCACAUGUUUUGCGGACAUAUGCCUCCUGCUCAAGAGUUCCGACUUUGUCACGCAUGACUUGACACAGCCAUUUAAAGCCUGCACAGACUGGAACAAGGGCACAGACAUUGAGAACCUCUUUCAGUACGAGCUCGUCCUCAGAAAGUGGGUGGAAAUUGACCCAAGCACAGAGUUUCGAUGCUUCGUGAAGGACUCUGUUUUGAUAGGCAUUUCGCAACGAGAUUACACGCACCAUUACUAUCACAUUGAGGAGCAGGAGGCGAACAUUGUUCAAGACAUAAUGUCAUUCUUUCACGAGAGAAUCAAGUCCAAGUUUGCAUCUGCCUCAUAUGUGUUUGACGUAUACAGAAAAAGAAAGGAUCUUGUAAAGCUUCUCGACUUCAAUCCGUUUGGGGCUCAUACUGACUCCUUGCUCUUUGACUGGGAAGAGCUCGAGAAGUACAAGACUGAACAAGCUCCUGGGUUGCCAAUAUUUCGAUACAUGAAGGAGAAUAGGGGCGUGCAGCCCAGUCCAUACCGUCACUAUGCCUUACCUCGGGAUGUUGUCGACUUGUGUGCCGGUGAAGACGCACAAAAGCUCAUUGAUCUCAUGAGGCUGAAACGUGGAGAAGAUUCAACCGACGAAGAUGACUGUAACCAGGACACGAGCUGACGAAGUUGCUGCUUAUAACGAUGGGAUAUUUGCGAAAAUAAACUUUAUACGCGUUUUUACCCC